AUUGUACUGUCCACCACCAGCGCAAUUGCUUCAAUUCUGGCACGAUGGUUUUCAUCUUAGGAAACACGUUCCACGAGUCCCAGCUCCUCAAAAAAUGUCUUGAAUCCUUCUACGGCAUUGGCCACCAGAGCUCCUCCCGGAUCAUGGCCAAGUUCCACAUCUUCCCCCGUGCGAAGGUCGGUUCCUUGCCCAACAAGACCAUCUUAGCCAUCACGGCCGAGCUCUCCACCAUGAAGAUCGAGAACGAGCUGAGGAGGCAAUUGAGAGAGAACCUCAGUCGCUUGAGGGAUAUGGGAAGUUACAGGGGUAGAAGACACGCCAUGGGUCUGCCUGUACGAGGACAACGGACGAGAAGCCAGAUUACAACAGCUAGAAAGUUGAACAGAGUGGAUCGGAUAGGUUAAUUGUUGGAAGGGAUUGUACAACAGGGAUUGCAUUGUUGGCGUAGAAGGGCAUACAGGUCGAUGUACCUUUGUAGGAAUAUUUUGGCACAGCAAAUACUUGAUCACCGAUUAUCCCAGGUUCUGUCACAAGCAUAUUGGUUUUGGAAGUGAAGAUCCCUCUUUAGAAGCUUUGCGGCUCCUCGAAGAAUGUGUUAC